CUCUCUCUCUCCACGUCCACAUACUGAGGGGAUCGAACACCUCCACCAGGAAACACGAGUCACACUGUGAGAAGUUGGAGCUGCAGCCACCUGAUGAUUCCACUCACUUUAUAUUCUCCUCGGUUGUUUCCAGCUCAGAUCUGAAGUUUGUCCACGAGGAUCCGACCCCGUGUUUUCUCUCUCUCUCCCUCUCUCUCUCUCUCUGCCACGUUUUCACAUCAUAACGGGAGCUCCUGCAUCCAUCGACAUUUCUGUUUUCCCUGCCAGGACGUGUAGAAAGUUAGUUUUGUGAACUUUUUUCUCUCGAGUUUUUUGUGAGGGGCGGUAGUUUGCAGAAACCAGAAUGCUGCCCCAGCUCCUCACCCUGGCCUGUGCGGUCUGCUGCUUUGGUUUAACCUCCGUCUCUGCAAAUGUGCUAAAAGCUGAGGCUUGGCUGCAGUCGUACGGUUACCUGCCUCCAGGUGACGUCAGAGCUCAGGCCAUCCGCUCGCCACAGUCCAUUCAAACAGCGAUAGCAGCCAUGCAGAGGUUUUAUGGUUUGACCGUCACCGGCUCCAUAGACUCCAACACGUUAGAGGCGAUGAGCCGGCCGCGGUGUGGCGUCCCUGACAAGUUCGGCCCAGAGCUGAAAACCAACCUGAGGAGGAAGAGAUACGCUGUUCAGGGUCUGAAGUGGGACAAGUCUGAGGUGACCUUCAGCAUAGAGAACUACACCCCCAAGGUCGGGGAGCAAGGCACGUAUGAAGCCAUCCGAAAGGCCUUCAGGGUGUGGGAGAGCGCCAUCCCGCUCACCUUCAGAGAGAUCCCCUACAGCCACAUCAGAGGCAAGGUCGACAAGUACGCAGACAUCAUGCUCUCCUUCUCGGAGGGCUUCCACGGAGACAGCACGCCGUUCGAUGGCGAGGGCGGCUUCCUGGCUCACGCAUACUUCCCCGGACACGGCAUUGGGGGAGACACGCACUUUGACCUCGCAGAGCCGUGGACCACUGGCAAUGUCGACCAGGGAGGUAAUGAUGUUUUCCUGGUUGCCGUCCAUGAGCUGGGUCACGCUCUGGGUCUGGAGCACUCCAACAACCCGUCUGCCAUCAUGGCGCCCUUCUACCAGUGGUUCGACACCGAAAACUUUCAGCUCCCCGACGACGACCGCAGAGGCAUCCAAACGAUUUAUGGAACUAAGUCCGGGGCUCCUCCUCCUCCUCCUCCUCGACCCACAAAACCCUCCAAACCCGAAAAACCAGACCACGGGCCAGACAUCUGCGAGGGACACUUUGACACCAUCGCUAUCCUCAGAGGGGAGAGGUUUGUGUUUAAGGACAAGUGGUUCUGGCGUGUGCGUAACAACAAGGUGCUGCCUGGUUACCCGAUGCCCAUCAGUCACUUCUGGAGGGGCCUGCCCUCAAACAUCAACGCCGCCUACGAGAGGGAUGAUGGGAAGUUUGUCUUCUUUAAGGGAGACAGGUACUGGGUUUUCAGUGAGUCCACCAUGGACAAGGAUUCUCCAAAGAGCCUGACCGACCUGGGCACUGGCCUCCCCACAGACAAACUAGACGCUGCCCUGUUCUACACACCCACAGGACAGACGUACUUCUUCAGAGGCAACAAAUAUUACCGCUUCAACGAGCAGACUCGCACUGUGGACAGCGGUUACCCAAAACCCAUCAACAUGUGGAGCGGCGCACCAGACAACAUCAAGGCUGCCAUCAUGAGUGAGGAUGGAUCGUACACAUAUUUCUACAAGGCAAACAAGUACUGGAAGUUCAACAACCAGUACAUGAAGGUGGAAUCCGGCUAUCCCAAGUCCGUGCUCAACGACUGGAUGGGCUGCGAGAGCGAGGAGCCCAAGAAGGGUCGGGAAGAGGAGGUGAUCAUCAUCGAGGUGGACGAGUCACAGAGCGGGGCCGGGCCCGUCGCCGUGGUCAUCCCCCUCCUGCUGCUGGUGCUGGUGGUCGUCACCCUGGGAGCGCUUUUGUUCUUCAGGAAGUACGGCACGCCCCGACGCCUCCUCUACUGCCAGAGAUCCCUCCUGGACAAGGUGUAGGCAAAGAGACGGGCGACUGAGAGACUGCCGCAGAGGGACAGAAAGAGAAGGGGAGAGAGAGAGGAAAAAAAACGAGGGCCGGGAGACGAUGGAAACAGAGAAGGGGGGGAGAAGAAAGAGGAGGAGAGAGCUAGCGGAGGAAAAAGACAGUGUUAUGUGUUUGGUGGUUUGUAUUUGCCACGACAGAGCGGAAAAAAAAAGAAAGAGAAAGGCCCUAGAAACUGAAAUCAGGAAAAUGUGUAUUUGUAUGUUAACUAUUUACAUGUACUGUUGUGUGUCAGGAGGUUGAAGAACAAACCCACCGUCUCAUGUAGAGAAGGGAAAUAUGCAAAGACUCACCUCUCCUCUCUCGCAUCCCAGGUAUUCAAACAACAAAAACAUCCCUCCACGCUUCCUCUACUUUUAACUGGACGACUCCAGCUGAACUGCUGUCUGAUUCAAGAGUCCCCCCCCCCCCCCCCCACCCUCCACCCUCCUGGAAACUUUAGAAAUCUGUGUUUUGUUUUGUUUCUUACUCAUAAAUUCAUCGUUUCAUUUUUGCUGUCAAGUCCCUUGUUCGUUUGUUUUUAUGGAGAAAGUUAUUGUUUGACAUUUAUUCUCAAAAGUGCCAAAGUUCUGAGGAUGAACCACGAAACAUCGCCUGUGUAAACAUGACUUCUUUUUUUUUUUUACCACUAAAAAGAACCUCAGACUUUUUCGGUAAAGCCAGAAAUCUAAAUCAUCGAGUUUGAUUUUUAUGUGAUCAAACAGAUUUCAAUCCCACAUUUUGCUCCAUUGAGACGAUUGUAGUUAUGCACUUGUACUUUCGCUUGUGUGAGAACUUUGGAGGAAAUGCUCAUAUUUCUUAAACUGAAAUAAUUGUUUUGGUGUCGAUUCUCAAGUAUCGUCUCAGCACUAUUGUAGAAAAUGUUAAAGGACAUGAUUUGCCUUUUUACUUCUUCUUUCCUUUGUGAAUGUAAAAGUUCUGCAAAGUUAAAAAGCCUCCUCUCCUCGACAGAAAACACUGAAGCGUCAGUAGUCCGGCCCAUAUUUCCGCUCUAUUGAGAUGUCACAAUGCUCCACCCACUGGCUAAUCUGGCACGCCCCCUCACAAAACCAUGUAACGUACGAGCGGAAGCCGACAUUUCCUGUACACGCUGGAAGCGGUUGACCAAUCUGGCCAAUCAGAGGAGACUGGGCUUUAUCGGGAGGCGGGGUUGGCCUUAAAGAGACAGGAGCUAAAACGAAGUGUUUCAGACAGAGGCUGAAAAGAGGAGCUGCAGCGAUGGACGGUCUGAGGAAAGUGAUGGUUUCUGAACAUUAGAGCAUGAAAACAUUUUUAAGUAAUGACACAAGUUGAAAACUACGAAUCAGAAUGUCUCCUUUAAAACAGUAUAAAUACUUGUAAGUAACAGGACAAAGAUGUUCAGGGCCAGUUGAAGCGUUUUCCCCUUGAUUGUCACGUCUAAAACCAACGAUGGUUCGAAUCCUUUUUUCCCCAGCGCACAGCGACAGUCUGCUGCUGCGACUCCAGACGCUCGCAGGCAAAACUCUUCGUUCAGUGCAAGCAGUCAGACGGGAACUUUAUAAUUUUUCUUACGUGAUGUUUUAACUCACAAAUGGCGGUUUUGAAACAUUCCAGUACUUUUGCUGUCAAACGCGAGCGCAGUAACCGGUACGGUUUCCAACAAUAUGGUGCAAUUUUGUAAUUAUUAUCGUUGCUAUGGGACAUUGUUGUUAUUAUAAGUAUGGUUAUUGUUAUUAUUGUUCUCCUGGUAAGGUUAUGAUUUUUUUUUUGUGCAUUGUCAUUUGGAGUCCUGCUGGACAGAGGCAUAA